UCUCGCUUCCCCUCAAACCGUCGCCUCUCGUCAUUCCCUCGCUGCUCUUCGCUGUGAACGGAGCUUCUUCUCCCUCGACGCCAUCUUCGUGCCUCGGCGGUUCCUCCGUGUUUCGUCACCAUGGCUCGGGUCAACGCGUGCCUCAAGCUCAUCUUCACCAUCUUCAACAUCUUCUUCGCGAUCGUCGGCGGCGUCGUCAUCGCGCUCGCUCUGCUGUCGCAGGUCAUCACGAACGUUCAGGGAGGCGAUGCCCUGGAGGGUCGCACCGUCGGCCUCAUCGUGCUCUACACCGUGGGCGCCAUCACCAUGGUGAUCGCCAUCCUGGGAGCCUACGGCGCCCACCGGGAGAACCGGGCCUGUCUCAUCGUGUUCCUGGUGUGUAUGGUCAUCGGAAGUCUGAUGACGCUCCGAGCUGCAGUCCCCGCCCUCUCCACCCGCCCCGAGCUGGAGAGCUUGUUGGAGGCCAAGUUCCGUGAGUUUCUGCCUCUCGACAAAGCUUCAAGUGAUGUGAAGAACAUGGCCGACAGCCUGCAGAGUCAGCUGCACUGCUGCGGUCUGUUCAGCUACAUGGACUGGGAGGACAACAUCCCCGACACGUGUCUGUGCGACCAGGGGGAGGAGAUGGAGGGGAUGUGUCAGUCCGUCAGCUACCAGGCCAUCCUGAUGCCGAGGAAGUCCGUCUACAUCAAGACCUGCUUCCCCGUCAUCCUGCACUACGUCCUGCUGUUGUCCAACGUCAUGAUCGGAGUCACCUUCACGCUCGCCGUCCUGGCGCUGCUCGGCCUGGCUCUGUCCUCCGCCAUCAUCCACCAGAUGCGGAGCCACAACCGGGCCACCAUCCUGAUGACGGUGCCGGCCAUCUUCACCACGCCUCCUCCCAAAUACCAGGAGCUGCACAACCCCCCCGGCUACUAGAGAGGGGGGGCACUUCCUGUUAGGAGGGGCUGCUUCCUGUUAGGGGGGAACGAUUACGCCUCGGUUCCACCUUGAAUUAGACUAGAGAGCAUCUGAUUGGUCGGUGUGUAGUGGGGGGCGGGGCUUAUUGGUCGCUUGUGUAUUGUACAAUUGGAGGAUCGAAUUUGAUUUAAUUCUUUUCUCCUUUUUUUUGUUUCUUACAAUAUUUGGUAAUAUUCAAACUUUCCUUUUCAGAUGUUUUUCAAUAAUAAAAGAUCCCAAAUGUUUGAUGUCGGAUUAAAGAACAUAAAACGAAGUGUGAAUUAAAAUGUUUUUCUUUUUUA